CUUGCAAUCAGUAACACACAUCCAAGAUGGCAGGUAACCUCGUGUGCAGGGUUCAUCCGGUGGUGCUUUUUAGCAUAAUUGACUCUUAUGAAAGGAGAAAUGAAGAUGCAAGGAGAGUUAUAGGAACAUUACUUGGAUCCUAUGACAAAGGAGUUGUGGAUGUUACAAAUUGUUUCUGUGUUCCACACAAUGAGUCUGAAGAUGAGGUGGCAGCAGACCUCGAGUAUGCCAGAAAUAUGUACGAACUCCACAAAAAAGUCAAUCCAGCAGAACUAAUUGUCGGAUGGUAUUCCACAGGAUCUGAUGUGUCAGAACACUCCGUACUUAUUCAUGAAUAUUACACCCGAGAGGCUAAAAAUCCUGUCCAUGUUACAGUAGACACAGGACUCAAAGGCUCCAAGAUGGAUAUCAAAUGCUAUGUCAGUGCCAACAUCGGAGUACCAGGGAAAACAAUGGGAUGCAUGUUCACACCAGUUCAAGUCGAGGUCAACACAUAUGAACCAGAAAAAGUUGGAGUGGACCUGAUCCAGCAGGGGAAAUUAAACAACAAGAGGACCGUUAGUAUGGUCAGUGAUCUGACUCAGGUAGAGCGGGCGUGCACCAGUCUCCAGGAGAAGCUGGUUCUGGUUUUAGAGUAUGUGGAGGAUGUACUGGCUAAUAAAAUUCAACCUGACACAGCAAUCGGAAGAUACCUACUAGACUUAAUCAACAAUGUCCCCAAAAUAGAACCAGAGGAAUUUGAAACCAUGCUUAACUCAAAUAUGAAGGAUUUGUUGAUGGUUGUAUAUCUUGCCAAUCUGACCAGAACCCAGCUCGCUCUUAACGAAAAACUACAAACUCUCACCAUCUAACUCAUCACGUGAACCCAGCUAGCUCUUAACGAAAAACUACAGACUCUCACCAUCUAAAACUCUUCACAUGUGUUUUACUGUUAUCUGUUGCCAUUGGAUGAAGAUGAAGAAGAAACAGACGAGUUAUAGACUGAAUAAGACAGUGAUAAUUAUUUAUUCCAAGAUGUGUAUUGAUUUUCUGAUUAAAAUAUGCAAUACUAAAA